AUGGUCUCAUCAACACGCCACCCCCUUGCUCACACAAACGUUUGGUGCAUAGCAGCAGGCAAACACACAUCAGGGCUCUCAUCGGUGACUGCUGUAGGUGCUGGGCGUGAACUGGGGGGCUCGAUCGAGAGAGGCAGACACAUUGUCUUCACCCCGCACUGCUGCUGCUGUGAACUGAACAUGGCGGGUGUCCACAUGGCAUAGCUCUAGCGAUAUCACUGUCCGCCCGCGGCCGAGGCAGCACACCCCGCCCGCGAGGCAUGGCACCUCCUAACGUUCCACUUUAAACGUUUCCAAAUCUCUGUUCCAAAUUUUGGGCCAACAGCAAGAUUCUUGGGAAGGUCCCAAAAGAAAACUCCCUCUUCAUGAGACGCAGCGCCAGCAGCUCUCACUCCACGAUUGCCUCCAACAGACACCACACCCCACAGAGGACAACGAAACAUGGACAACAGCAUGGAGGCUACAACGACCCAGCGUGGUAGGCAAACCAAAACCCCGGCAAAAUUCAGUCAAAACGGCUCGCUUGGAGCCGCCGUAGGCGGUGGAGGCUUGCUGCCCAGCAGCCAGAAGCUUCUACCCGGAAUUACAGGAGGCGCUGCCGCCACCAACACUCAGAGCGAGGGUGGAGCUGGCCGCCCCCGUAAGGUGGCGGCCACUGCUGUUCCUGCCUCCUCGGAAAAUGGAAAGAAGACAAGAGUCCAGGAGAUGGCGGUCGUGAUGCAGGACCCCGCUUUUGCUGACGGCGACGAUGAACAAGCGCGAGGCAGCGACGACAGCAUCGAUGUUGGGAGCGCCAGCGAGGAUGACUCGUUCACCAUGGAUCCGGAUGGCGACCUCGAGAUGGGCAGGGGGAGCGGUGGCGGCAGCUCGAGGGAAAGCGUUGGCGGCAGCUCGAGGGGAAGCGAUAUCGGAUGCUCCAGGGGAAGUGGCAGCUACGUCGCGUCGGCAGGGGCACCGGGGUCGGCGAAGACCCUCCAGGCGCUGCAGAAGUCUAUCGACCGCAACCGCACCAAAAGGGAUGAGAAGUGGCCGGCGAGCCUGCUGAGAGAGGCGUGCUCGUUGCGGAAAAUCAUGGGCUCCUCCAAGGAGAAGGACACCGAGAAGAUGGCUAGCAGGUUGACGCAAGUCGACCGCCUGAUGGAGGGGAGCAGCCCUUUCUUCGCGGAUCUGGACGACAAGGCCUGAG